AGUCGCCAAUUAACCUAGCAUGUUUUUGGAAUGUGGGAGGAAACCGGAGAAAACCCACGCAUGCACGGGGAGAACAUGCAAACUCCACACAAAGAUGGCCGAGGAUGGAAUUGAACUCAGGUCUCCGAGCUCUGAGGCCUGCUGUCUGUCAUCAUCAAACGAUGUAAUGUAAUUUUACAGUUUUGUUGUUCAAAGUUGAAAUACUUAGAAAGCAACUGGCGGGUGGGAUUCAAACGCUUGGUGGGCCGCAUGUGGCCCCCGGGCCGUAGUUUGCUCACCCCUGGUCUAGAUCAUAGUAUCAGAGGACAAACUGGGUGUUUACAUAUUCUUUUUGUGCUGAGAACACUAGCCAUCAUAAGUUACACUAAAGUAAUUAAAAGAGUUGAGUUGACUUUACUGCAUGCCGACAUCAAGAACGUUCUCCCCCUGUGAUUCAUACAUCCCAGUAAUCUUCAGCUUGCUCAUUGCACUUUGUGUGCACCUUCUACGUCAAACUACCUCACCUUCAAAGGUUUGAGGCGUUUUUACGCAGGAGUUUAAUGGGCUUGCACCUGCUCCUUGUAGCACCACCUGAUCCACCCCACCCUGCAUGCCCUCGUUCCACACAAAAUAAUCAAGACAUUUCCAGCUCGUUUGAACUAGUUUUGCUCCUGUGUGUGCCUGUUCAUUAGGGCACACAUUAGAUGAAAAGCAUACACGUCUAUGUCCGUGGUGCUAUUAGUCCGACACCACUACUCCAUUGUUUGUAAAAGGCAUCAGCGCAAAAAACCACUACCCACACUAAGUGGGUGGUGGGUGGCUGCAGAAAAAGCUUCUUUAGAUGCUUAAAUGUACAGCGUAUACUAUGCAUGUGUGUGUGUGUGUGUGUGUGUGUACAGCUCAAGGUAAACUGUUGUCUGUUGUUGUGACACACACCAAAAGAGCUUAGACACACAAGGAGGUUUAGGAUUUAUUGUGUAUGUUUCGUUGGACGCCUGCCUGCCUGUCUUGGAAAGGCGCCAGGACAAAAUGGAGGGAAAUUUUGACUAAUACAAAUACUUCAUUGCAACACAGCACAAUGAAACAGGCUCGCAUAAUUGCAUAAUGAAAGAAAUCGUCCUCCGAGGUUUAAAGAAAUCUUUGUGACCUUGAGAUGAUCUGUGUUGGACUUGCAAUAAAUACUCCAAGAGGAAGAAGAUGGAUUGGUGAAGUGAUCCCUGCACACUUGCGCCAAUAGUGAUGUUUUUGGACGCCGGAGGCUGCAACACAGACAGCAGAGCGUUCUUGCAUCCCUCCUGACAUGGGAUGUCAGCCCCUUUCCCGCCUGGCCUCCAUCUUGCCCUAAGAUCCUCUGGGGCACCAUGAACAGCUACAGAGACAGAGGGGUCACCUGCACCUCCUCAGACCUUCUGGAUGGGGGAGGUGAAGGUGCACUGGCUCCUCACGCCCUGUUUCGCCACACCCCCAAUGGCCACCCGGCCCCCACAGACGCAGCCAUGCAAACGCGGGUCUCUGUGCCUAAAAUGGGCGUCCGUGCUCGGAUCGCCGAGUGGCCCCCGCGUCGGGCGCAGUCCAGGGAGUCCUUGCUUGAAAACGGACAGAUGAGCAACAAUCACGACGGUGACCCCUGCUCCGCGUUCAUCUCGUCGUCUGACGUUGGGUUGGUGCGGGGUGGAGUGUCCAGGUUGCCACGGCGAUGGUCGAAAGAUGUGGAGUUUCGAGGCGGAGCUUUUGCAACCGAGAGAGGUUCACCUUUGAGCUUACGUGUCUUCCCGCCUCUGAGGCAGCGCUCAAAUAGCGAGGUCACCCUGAGUGAACAGGACGAGAAUGAGGUUGAGGUCCGUGGCGGAGGAGCGAUGGGGACCUUGUUCAGGGAGUAUGGCAGCACUUCCUCCAUCGACAUCCAGGGCAUCCCAGAGCAGAGCUUUUUCGACAUGCUCACCCAGUUCCACCAGGAGAGACCUGACCAGCGCAGCUCAGCCACCACCCGCCUCAGAGAGCUGCUACGUACGGCGGACUCCACACCGAGCGUCACCCUCUCCGGUGCUGCUUCGCCUGGUUCCACGCUGGCUGGGGAUGAUCGAAAGAAGGACGGAGGUGAGCGAGUCAGGAAGAAAAGUGGCGGGACGGAAUCUUCACUGGGGACAUCCUCGUUAUUCCGGAAACUUCGCAGCGCCAGUCGAGUGGAGCAGUACGGAGGGAAAGGAGAGAUGAGUGAAGACGGAGGACGGGGUUCGUCGGAUGCCCCCUACAAGGCGUGGGUGUGCCCCAAGAGCUUUGUGCACUACGAUGCACAGAGCAUUCUGUUUGACCUCCAUGAGGCUGCAGCCCAGCGAGGCUACAUGGCCCAGAGAAGGAACACAGCCACAGGGGCAUCAGCUGCCUCGGUGUCCCUGUCUGUGUCCAGAUCCUUGCCUGUGAGCGGGAAUGAACCCAUAUACGCCAGCAUUGAGGAUUUAACAGUCGGUCUAGACCCUAGCACAACUACGCCCUCUCUUGUUAUGGACCCUACAGACGUUCCUCCCGGAGCUCACAACUCGGGCCCACUGCUCCUCAGCUGCCCCCACUUCCUCAAUGAGACGGGAGGUCACGGGGAGCGCAACAUCAGUUUCCUUAGCUCAUCAGCAGAGCGAGGAGAGGGAGGAGGUGAUGGAGCAAGGUGUUGGCUGAGGAGAAGUAACGCCAGUGUCUCUGUGCUGGAGAUACCUAUUGAACAGCAGGUCACAAGACUGGACAGACUUAAAGAGUACAGCGUUGAGCAUGUUGACCUGGGGGCCAGGUACUACAGAGAAUACUUCCAUGGGAAAGAGCACUCAAACUACUUUGGGACUGAUGAAAAGCUGGGUCCUGUGGCUGUGAGUAUCCGUCGAGAGAAACUGGACGACACCAAAGACCUGAAAGACCAGUAUCAGUACCGCCUCAUCGUGAGAACAAGCGAGCUGGUGACCCUACGAGGUUCCAUCUUGGAGGAUGGAGUGGCGUCGACGGGGAGGCACGGCACCGUGCGUGGCCUGCCCCUCAAGGAGGUCCUGGAGCAGGUGGUCCCCGAACUCAACGUGUCCUGUUUGAGACUUGCACUUGGCAUGCCCAAGGUCACGGAGCAGCUACUUAAACUGGACGAACAAGGGUUAAGUCAGAAGCACAAGGUGGGUGUUCUGCUGUGCCGCACAGGCCAAAGCACUGAAGAGGAGAUGUACAACAACGAGGAGGCGUCGCCUGCUUUCUCCGCAUUUUUGGAGCUGUUGGGCGAGCAGGUUCUCCUCAAGGGGUUUACCAAAUACGCCGCACAACUCGACACAAAGACUGACUCGACAGGCACCCACUCCCUGUACACCACCUACCAAGGCUACGAGGUCAUGUUCCACAUAUCCACCAUGUUGCCAUACAUGCCCAACAACCCCCAGCAGCUUCUAAGGAAGAGGCACAUCGGGAACGACAUUGUCACCAUCAUCUUCCAGGAGCCUGGAGCGCUGCCUUUCACCCCUCAGAAUAUCCGCUCGCACUUUCAGCACGUUUUUGUGAUAGUCCGUGUGCACAACCCCUGCUCUGAGAACACCUGUUACAGUGUUGCCGUUACAAGAAUGAAGGAUGUGCCCCCGUUCGGCCCACCCAUCCCCAGCAGUGUCACCUUCCGUGACCCGGAUACUUUUCGAAACUUCCUACUGGCCAAAAUCAUCAACGCAGAAAACGCGGCACACAAGUCGGAAAAAUUCCAUACCAUGGCGACGCGGACGAGGCAGGAGUACCUGCGUGACCUGGCCGAGAACUACAUCAGCAGCACGCCCAUGGACUCAGCCGGCAAGCUCAACAACCUCAUCUCCCUGGCAUCGAAAAAACGGGAGCGUUCGAAGGCACGGGAAGGGGCCGAACUAGGCGCGGACGGGGCCGUCGCCUGGCGGGUCCUGGCCCAGGAUUUCAGCGGAGGCGGGGCGGAGCUCCCCUGUGCUUUUGGUUUCUCAUCGGAAUAUGUACUCCUGGUGGACUGCUCCACCAAAGAGGUGGUGUUCAACUGUUUUUGUGCUGACGUGAUCGGCUGGACCGCCGAGCGACUAGCCUUGAAGAUCUUCUAUGGAAGAGGAGACCACGUUUCUGCGCGGGUGCCCGAGGGCUGUGCCCAAGACAUCAGGGAAAUGGUGCAGAGGUUAAAGGCUCUAACAGUCGGAUGUGAGACAGUGGACAUGACGCUGAGGAGAAACGGACUGGGCCAACUGGGCUUCCACGUGCGCCUGGACGGCACCGUCGCCGAGGUGGAGGAAUAUGGCUUUGCCUGGCAGGCGGGGUUGAGGCAGGGCAGUCGCCUGGUGGAGAUCUGCAAGGUCGCUGCCGUGACGCUGACCCACGAGCAGAUGAUUGACCUGCUGAGGACGUCGGUCACGGUCAAAGUGGUCAUCAUCCCCCCAUAUGAAGAGGGAGGGCCACGGAGGGGCUGCACAGAGGAGUAUGAGAUGAAGACCAUGGAACAGAAGCCAGAAGCUGAGCCUGUGGCCGCAGGCUACCGGCCCUCGCCUCGCUCCGGGUGGCGCUGGGACAGCCCGCCCGUGCCUCCGGGACUGCACAGCACCCCCAACCCACAGAGGUGGGCCCCCAUGUGUCCCCCGCCACCACCUCCGCCACCGCUGCGUUCCCACAAGACUUUGAUGCCGGUGCCCUUCAGGGAGCCUCAGCAGCACUUUAGCUCCAAGAGGCCGGUCAGCUACCCAGAGAACCACUACAAUGUGUCUCCUGCUGGAGGUGACCGUGUGCUGCCCUAUAGAAACCCCUCGGCCAGCUUCUCGUCCCCUUCCUCUGCUAUGGUGGGCCUCUCCACGAUGGGCCCCCCGGGAAUCACACCGGGGCCUUUUGUGCGCUACAAACCUUCACCUGACAGCUCCUGUGGUGUGUACAGAUAUGGACCAGGACAGCGCCCGCUGCUGCCAUAUGAAGCCCACCUCGGCGUGGACAUCAUAUCCAGUGGCGAGUCGUCCUCGGGCUUCACCAGUCAGGAAAGCACCAUGGAGCGCUGCAAAACUGAACCACUCUGGCAUAUUCCGGCAUUAUCGUCUCGGGUGCCAGCUGGUGGAGGAAACCAGAGGAGGCUCAGACAGGAUGUCCAAGGCAAAGAGACUCCAAACAGACACUCAAAGGGUGAGACUCAGUACUCCAGCCACUCCAGCAGCAACACCUUGUCCAGCAACGCCUCCAGCAGCCACAGCGACGAGCGCUGGUUUGACGGUGUUUCCGGAGGAGACAGAGGAAACGCGGGUUUCCUGGGCGACCCCCCUGAGGCUGACCCCGAUCAUCUGAACAAGGGCGGAUCCAAUGACAGCGGCAUUGACGCUCCCACCCACUAUAACAGUCACAACAGUCGCAGCCAACCCCUCAAGGCCUUGGAGCUCUCUGUGGGAAGGAGCGGCAGUGGCGGUGAAGCGAAGAGACGGGAGUCGUCACCUGUGGUACCAGCCGUCGCCAGUCACAACAAAGGGUAUCUGACUCGCACGUUCCCGCCUCCUGGCUCCAGCGCUGAGCGAAUCGAAGCUUUCAAACCGAGAGCCUACACACCUCAGGGUUAUAAGACGCCCACGGCGGAGAAAGCCAGACCUGUCCGCGCCUCAACAACCACACCCACUUCAGCCCAAUUAAGCUCCACCCCUCUGUCCAGCUCCGCCCCCAAGGCCUUUCACGGAAAGAGCAGACAAACCGCCUGGCAGCCUGAAGACAUCAGCCCAUCCUCUUCCAACGCAAACACCAUGUCCAGCUCCGACAGCGGCAACAGCAAAACUCAGGUGGACAUGAAUUCAAAGAACGUGUUUGGACAACCUCGACUGCGAGCAUCGCUGAGAGACCUGCGCUCUCCGCGCCGAAACUACAAGAGCACCAUCGAGGACGACCUGAAGAAACUGAUCAUCAUGGACAACCCCGGAGAAGCUCCACAACGGGAUCCUUCUCCCAGACGCCCGUUGCAGCGAACCUUUUCAGAUGAGUCCCUCUGCAGCGGACGCAGGGACGCCAGCUUUGCUAACUCUGAACACCAGUCGGCCCCCAUGGACAUGCUCUUCACGUGCACGCUACCCACACGCAAACACAGCGGCUCCUCCAACCACACGGAGGCCAAGAAGGUGCCACUGUCUGCAUCCGAGCUGUCCCUUACAGAGGUACGAGACAAAGUCCCCCCGCUGAGGAGGCUUGAUCCCGGGCUCAUGCCCCUCCCCGACACUGCCUGCGGACUGGAGUGGUCCAGCCUGGUCAACGUUGCCAAAGUCUACGAAGCACAGAGAGCCGUGUCGCUUUUCUCGUUGACCGAGACGCAAGGAAGCGGCGUGGACAUGAGGCCAGCCGUCAGCCCCGUGCAGUUCCCCACUCCGAAGACGCCGAGAACCACACCCACCUUCAGCAGUGACGAGGUGUCUGGCGAUCUGUCGGGACGUCUCUACCAUCUUGAGGUGAUGUUGAAACAGCUUAGCACUGACCUGGACCGGGAAAAGCAGGACAAGGUGGUGCUGUUGGCCGAGAUGGCGAACCUACGACAGAACAACCAGCGGCUGCAGGAGGAAAGCGUGACGGCCAGCGAGCAGCUCCGCAAGUUCAAUCGACUUUUCAGCAAGCUCAACAAGGCUGAGGACGAGCCCCACGCGCACCCGCCGCCGGCGCACCAAUCUCAGCCCAAAAGGGAGUGAGUGCACGUGACCUCCCACUGACUCACUCCGCUUCCACUGGACUGCCUUAAACUGGAAAACAUUUCACUCCAGCCCCACCCUGAGCCUCUUUUUUUUAUUUUUUAUAAAGUAUUCUAUAAAGAGAUAUAUUGAGAUAUAUUACUAUGCUAGAGGAGGACGAGGAUCACCUGGAGAGGCCUAACACUGUUCCUGCAAGUCAAUCAGCCAAAAAAAACUGCAUCUCCCCAAAUGCACUAGUAAGUAACAGAAGCGCUACAGUCUUAAUUACUGUACGACGACGCCUGUGAGCUACAUUCUCACAUAUCAUUAUCAUAUUCUGAAACUCUUGUACUAAAGGUGUGUGUGCGUGCGUGUGCGUGCGUGCGUGCGUGUGUGCGUGCGUGCGUUUAUAAUAUGGCAUGAGAAGGCGCCCGAACGAUCGACUCAGUGACGAACAAAGUAGUUUACAAUGGAAUGAAACUUCACACAUCUUGCCGUUUACAUGGAUGAGCUUUGGCCCAAAGAUGCAUUCAGUGACCUACUUUAAUACUGGAGAAAAGAGUUCUUCAUAUUAUUUUGGUAGUAGUCAGUGAAGUCAUCGUAAGUACUCCCACACGGAGUGGUACAAAGUACGCAUUAAACAGUCACCAUCUUUUUUAAAGCCGACUCAUGUACAUUUUUUAUUUGAUGUUUUAUGCUAAUCUUGGCGCUCUGAAAUAGCUACAUUCGACAUAUUAGCUGUUCCGGUCGUUAAAUGAAUGUCUGAUAAUGUUCUCCAAGGAAAAUUUGAGUGUGUGAUAAGUUUUAGAGGAUGAUUUUUAUUAUUAUUUUGAACGCAGUACAUACUAGCUUUAGUCCUCCGUUAAAAGGCCAACAAAAGAGUCUUUUUCAGCUAUUGUGCAGUACACAUUGUUUAAAUGUACUUAACUGCAAAAUAUUUAAUAAUUUGGUGCAAUAUUAUUCCAUGCCAGUAGGUGGCAAUGGCGCGAUAUUGGUCUUAAUUGAGUUGAAGACUAUGCGCAUGCGCGCAGGAAUUGGUGGCAGGUAAAAAGACAACAAACAUCGAUAUAGAAAUGUUUAAAAAAUAAUACAAAUAUACACUGACUAACACAUUCUGGAUAAAAUUCUAACCGGAUAUCAGCUUUUUAAGUGAGUAUAAAACAAACUCAAAUAUGACUGUUUCAUAUAAUGUGUGUUUGGCUACGGGAUGUGUCAUUAGCAUAGCAUUUUUGCUAGGUGUGUUUAAAAUAUUAAACACACAUUGCUCACUAUUCAGAAAGCGCAUAUAUUUUAACCAGAAUUUCAAGCUGUUUCCAGAUUUUUGUAAACUAACUUACUGUACGUGUAGAGAUGACUGGCCUGCUCUGUGAAAAAAAAAAAAAACCUCAAGGCUAUUUAUAUACUGUGCUGGCAUUAUGAUGUAUUUUUCAUACAAUGACUGUAUGAAUGUUUUUGGAUGCUGGUACUGAAUGGAAGGUACUUUUCAGCAAUGUUUUCAAGAAUGGAGAUAAUGCCGAUAAAACUGUACCCUGGUGCAUGUUCUCUGCUGGGAUGACUGGAGUUUUUUUUUUAACUUGACUCAGGUUCCUCAUGAUGCUGGACCUAACAUCAGAGGUGAAGCGGUAUGAGGUACUGUUCUUUCUACCAUUGUGGCUAACCCUUUAAUAGUCAACCAUUCGAAAUACGAGGACUCUUCCCAAAUGUUUGACCUUUUUGUUAUGCUGAAAGAAGCAUUUUAAUGUGACUGAGCAGGACAGUAUUCCAUGACCCAAAGUGACACUCCUUUACAGAACCCCAUAGGUGUUGCUGGCAUGUUCUGUCUGCAAAUCAUUUGCUCUGCUCAUGUAAAAAAAAAAAGCUUUUCUUUACUUUCUGUAUAAUGAAGCUAUUUAUAGCAAACACGAUGUAUGAACAAAUCAGUAACUGUCAUAUUCCUUGUCUUUGUAGAUGCUUGAAUGUUUUGAUAAUUUAUUUUUGUUGUCACUGCUGCAGAAAAUAGCAAGGAUGAGGAGGGUACCGUUUGUCUACAUUUUUCCUCUUCUGGUUGCUCUGGGCUGUAAUAAGUGUACAUGUAAGUGUAAAUUGUUUUCAUUUUAUAAAAUAAAAAUAUUCAUUUUUUUGCAGGUUGAA